AUAACAUGGAAGAAAUCUAUAGUCUAUAUAUAGGCUAUGCCCCGGACUGCACCACCGCCGCCACCGCCACCUGCCCUCCCGGUACCGGUCAAUGAGAGCCAGCGACAGCUCAGUCUGAACGGCAAAUCCUCCCUCGUUUUCUCCAAUUUCUCCUCUACUUAGAUCUCCCUUUUUUCUCUAUCAUGCUCUCCUCAGUUCCAUAUGUUGGAGAAACACAGUCGUCUUAUUUUAGCAGCGCUGCCCUCCUCCUCUUCUUCCUCCUCUUCCUUCUCUGUUGCCCUCCUCUCUGCUGAGUUUUGACUCCCUCUCUUUUUACAAACACACACACACACACACACACCGGAAAAUGAAGCGUGGGUCGAGUGUGUUGCAGCCUCCCUCUGAUGCAGCCAAACGACACACACACCCCGCAAACACACACGCAAGGACACACACCAGCGAUGAUGCUUGCUCGCUGAGUGUACCCGGCACACACGCUGAACACGCAGCAGACGCACAUGCUGAAAACACGCUGGACUCACACGCCGCAGGUUCGAGUCCCUUCCCAGCAGCCACCUCUCUGUUCAGCCCUGAUGUCAGCACCAAGAUGGCGUCUGACCUCCUCAUCAGGCUGUCAGAGGCCACCCAGAAGGCCCAGAUGCAUCCUGGGAGCCGAGCAGAGGCGGAGCCCCAGAGGCGUGAGGCCUUGCCAGAGGGUCGCGGGGGUCAGCAGGAUGAGCCCGGCCUCGCUCUGUCACCGGACGGCCCCGGGGCGAGUCCUGAGCCGCCCUCCCUCACACACACACCUGAUGGCAACGCCGCCACGGACACGAUGGCUUCAGACCUGCUGAGGAAACUGGCAGAGAGUCAGGAAGUGAACAGCCAUGUCAUGAGGGUCAAAGAGGAGGAAGAGCCAAUGGAGGUCGACACACUGGUGGUCUCCGAUCUUGUCCGUGAUCGACCAGUCACUGAGGGGAUGACCCCGUCUACCCCGAACAUGGCGGGCCAUCAUCUCUUCACCAUUAAAACAGAAGACCAGGGUCUCAGUGGCAUCAAGAUGGCGGAGCAGCUGCACCCUGGAGCCAAAAUGGCGGAGCAGUGUCUCCUUGGCCUUAAAAUAGAAGAUGAAUUGUAUACUGGAGGCUGCCAGCCUGGCUCCAAGACAGCUGAUGGCGUCGUAUCUGGAUCCACAAAUUGUCAGUUUAGAGUGAAAAUAGAGGAUCGUGGCAUCUCUGGAGCUAAGAUGCCGGACCCGCUUUUAUCUGGACCCAAAAUAGAGGAGCAGCUUUUCUUUGGAGCCAAGAUGGAAGACCAGUUCACCUCUGGAGCCAAGAUGGCGGACCAGUGCCUCCGAGCAGUGCUGUGGCAGGACAUGUCAGUGAACCUGGCAUCCACACUGCUACAUCAGCUCUCAGAGAGGGUCAGUAAAUCCAACAGUCAGCUGGUGGAGAGGACAACUCCACUCAUCAGAAGCAGUCCUGUACUGAAGGUGAAUGUCAACCCACCUCGUUCCUCCCCCCUAUUGAGCGUCCAGGAACCUCCGUAUGGAACCCAAACCAGCCUCAGCAGAAAUCAGACCACAGGUUGCUGUUACUUCUACAGGUGUCAUGUAUGUGGGUUUGAGACGGAGGGGCGGGCCCUUUUCCAGAGUCACAUGACAGAACACCGCCAAUGGGAGCAAAGCUCCUUCUCGCUGCACUGCUGCGUGUGCGACCACUCGACCAAUCAGGAGGCAGAGAUGAGGGCUCACGCCGAUACGCACUUACAGGGCGACACGGGAGCCAGCGGAGAGAUGAGAUGCCCCGUCACCCCUCCCGCCGCCGCCACCAGCAGCGCUCCGGCAGUUGCCAUGGCAACCCAGCCGGAGACGAACACCUCUGAGCAUCGCUGCCGCAUCUGCCAAAGGUCGUUUCCAGGGCAACAGGAGCUGCUGGUUCACUUCCAGGGUCAUCGCCAAGGCAACCAGUACCGGUGCGACCGGUGCGGCCACCUGACGCGGACAGCCAACAAGCUGGUGGAGCACGUGCGCGUGCACACGGGGGAGCGGCCGUUCACCUGCGACCUCUGCCCUUACAGCGCCAAGAGGCGGGACAGUCUGCGUCUGCACUGCAAGGUCAAACACGCCGCGCACAUUAACGGGAACGCGGCGGCGGACGCGCCCGGCGACGUGCACACCCACCGGUCCUACGUGCACGGAGACAAUCAGCGUUCAAACAAACACGUUCAGCGGCUGCACACUCCGCCGAACGCACACACUGCUGCACCCUCCUCCUCCUCCUCCUCCUCCUCCCUUCCUCCUCUUCAUCCUCUGCUCUCUGACCGAGCGGGAUGGAGGGAUUUGUCUCCUCUCCUCCCCAUCACAACGCUCAUCUCUCUGAAACCUCGCUGUCCUUCAUCCUCCUCAUCCUCCUCCUCCUCCUCCUCCUCCUCCUCCUCCUCGUCUUCCUCCAACAAACACUCCUUUCUCGGUUAUCUUGGUCUGACAAGUUCUUUGUAAAUGCCUUUUUUCUUUUUCUCCUUCUCUCCUCCUCUCCUCCUUUUCUCCUCGUUUUUUCCCUCUCCUCCCCUUUC